UAUAUAGUUUUUGAAUCAAGAAAUUAAAUCAAUCAUCACGUUAAUUACAAUCAAAGUAGUGAUGAAUCCUAGGAUAAAGAGUUUAGCAAUGUUGUUGCUCCUCAUCUUCCUAUCUGCAGGUCUGGUCAAGGGUUCAAACCACAUCGCGAUGAACCCUCCUCACAAGGGAGGAAACGGAGCAAAUUCAAGAAAGCUUCUUGGAAUCGACAUCGUUUUAGACUAUGACUACGCUGGCCCUAAUGGGAAGCAUGACCCAAGAGGGAGGAAAGGUGGCAAAGGUCCCUAAAUUCUACAUGUAAUCCCAAGAUUAUAGUAAUUAAUAACUAUCAUUUCCAAUCAAUAACAUAGAUGACUACUUGCUACUAGUGUAGUACAAACAAAAGCCAUGCUGCUUCAACAACUUCUUGUCAUAAUCUAUAUGUUAAUGUUAACCAUCACAUUGUAAUGAUAUAAGAAUAAUUUAUUAUCGUACACGAAUGUUGAGAA